ACCAGUUGUGUUCACGGUCAUCAAAGAGUUAAACUCUAGACAUCUGCUAGAGUCCCGGGAGGAAGGAAUGGGGACUGUGACUCACUUUCCUCUAAACAGUGCUAGUGAAUAAAUGGUGCUCCAGGACUCCUUGCUUCACAUUUCCCAAAAGGCAACAUGGUCAAGCGAGAGAUAAGUGUGUGCCAACAAACUUGUGCUCUAUUACAGAAGAACCUCCUCAAAAAAUGGAGAAUGAAAAGAGAGACCAUAAUGGAAUGGCUGAGCUCUUUGCUCCUUCUGCUUCUGUUGCAUUGGUACCCUCACGGCCACGAAGCGACAGACUUUUCUGCCGUGCCCACCAAGGACCUGGGCCGAGCAGAUUCAUUCAGACAAUCUGGGUUCACUUUGGCCUACACCCCUGUCACCAGCGUGACACAACAGAUAAUGGAGAAGGUGGCUGCUGCCUCUUUCAUGACAGAUAGAAAAGUCUUGGGACUGCUGGAUGAAGAAAGCACCAGGGAAUUAACAGAAAGUCAUCAGGAAAUAAUAAGAGUCAUUUUUUCUGACACAUUCUCAUAUCAUCUGAAAUUCGAGUUUGGACAAAGAAUCCCAGUAUGGAAAGAACACAAGGACCAUGAAGCUCAUUGUUUUGGAAAGUAUGAAGAUGUUGACUGUCUGGUAUCAAUAUUCUGGAAGAAAGGAUUUGUGGCUCUUCAAGCUGCCAUCAAUGCCGCCAUCAUAGAAACCACAACAAACCAUUCAGUGAUGGAGGAACUGCUAUCAGUUACUGGGAAAUACAUGAAAAUACAACCUUUCAUCAGUCAAAAUGGGAUACUGACUGAUUUCUUCAUUUUAUUCUGCAUUAUCUCCUUUUCCCCAUUCAUCUAUUACAUGUCUAUCAAUGUUACAAGAGAGAGAAAAAGGAUGAAAGGCUUGAUGGUGAUGAUGGGCCUUCAAGAGUCAGCAUUCUGGCUCUCCUGGGGUCUGCUCUACGCUGGCUUCAUCUUCAUUAUGGCCCUAUCCCUGGCACUGGUUAUCAAAUCUGGCCAGUUUCUUAUUCUGAGCAGCUUCGUGGUGGUCUUUAGCCUCUUCCUUCUUUAUGGAUUGUCUAUGAUCACUUUGUCCUUCCUAAUGAGUGUCUUGGUAAGGAAGUCUGUCCUCACUGGCCUUGUUAUGUUCCUUCUCACCAUCUUCUGGGGAAGUCUGGGCUUCGCAGCAUUGUACAGAUACCUUCCUGAAUCCAUGGAAUGGACUUUCAGUCUUUUUAGCCCCUUUGCCUUCACUCUAGGAAUGACCCAGCUUCUACAUGAGGAAUAUGACUUAAAUUCUAAUGCACCCCCUGAUCCAGCAGGUGGCUCAAAUCUGACUAUAGCAACUAACUUCAUGCUGGCAUUUGAUGCAUUUUUGUAUUUGGCCUUGAUGAUGUACUUUGAAAAAAUUCUGCCAAAUGAAUAUGGAUAUCAGCACUCUCCCCUGUUUUUCCUGAAGUCCUCAUUUUGGUUGCGACAAAGAAAGCCUGGUCAUGUGAUUCUUGAACAUGGAAUAGAUUCCGAUCCUUCAUCUGAUGAUUCAUUUGAACCAUUGUCCCCAGAAUUCCAUGGAAAAGAGUCCAUCAGAAUCCGGAACAUUUGUAAAGAAUACAAAGGAAAGCCCAAUAAAAUAGAAGCCUUGAAAGACCUGACACUGGACAUAUACAAGGGACAAAUCACAGCAGUACUUGGUCACAGUGGAGCUGGGAAAUCAACACUGCUAAAUAUUCUUAGCGGGUUAACUGCUCCUACGAAAGGCUCUGUCACCAUCUACAAUAAUAAGCUCUCAGAAAUGGCUGACCUAGAAAACAUCUUCAGGAUAACCGGAGUUUGUCCACAAUCCAAUGUGCAAUUUGGCUUCCUUACUGUGAGAGAAAACCUCAGGCUUUUUGCUAAAAUAAGAGGAAUUCCACCCCAAGAAGUGGAGAAAGAGGUGCAAAGAGUUUUGGUAGAAUUGGAAAUGAAGAAUAUUCAGGAUACCCUUGCUCAAAACCUAAGUGGUGGACAGAAGAGAAAGUUAACUUUUGGAAUUGCCAUUUUAGGAGAUUCUCAAAUUUUCCUACUGGACGAGCCCACUGCUGGCCUGGAUCCCUUUUCAAGGCACCGGGUGUGGAAUCUCCUGAAGGAGCGCAAAGCAGACCGCGUGGUCCUCUUCAGCACUCAGUUCAUGGACGAGGCUGACAUUCUGGCCGACAGGAAAGUGUUCAUCUCCAAGGGGAAGCUGAAGUGUGCAGGCUCGUCUCUGUUUCUGAAGAAGAAAUGGGGGCUUGGGUAUCACUUAAGUUUGCAGCUGAACGAAGUCUGCAUUCCAGAAAACGUCACAUCGCUUGUUAGACAGCACAUCCCUGAGGCUACGUUAUCGGCCGAAGGUGAAGGGAAACUUGUCUUUACAUUACCCUUAGACACAACCUACAAAUUUCCAGAUCUUUACCGGAGUCUUGAUAGCUGUCCUGGACUGGGAAUUGAGAACUAUGGUGUUUCCGUGACAACUUUGAAUGAGGUGUUCCUGAAGCUAGAAGGAAAAUCGGCAAUUGAUGAAUCAGAGGUUGACAUCGCGGGAGAAGGACAUACAGGACAAACAGAGAGAUCUGGGGACACAGAAAGACUUACAGAGAUGGAGCAGAUUCUCUCUUCACUUACAGAAAUGAAAACAGUGACAAAUAGUCUGGCUCUCUGGAGACGGCAAAUCUGUGCAAUUGCAAAGGUCCGCUUGUUGAAGUUAAAGCAUGAAAAGAAAACUUUCUUGUCUCUGCUCUUGGUUCUGGCGGUUGGAUUUUUCCCUAUUCUUUUUGAGCACAUCAGGAUGAAAGUACAUCAAAUCAGUUACUCUUGGGAACUCUCCCCUCACUUGUACUUCCUUGCUCCUGGACAACCUCCCCAGGACACCCUCACUCAGUUAUUGGUCAUCAAUAAGACAGGGGCAAGCAUUGACGACUUCAUCCACUCUGUGGAGCGGCAGAACAUAGCUUUGGAAGUCGACGCUUCUGGAGCCAGAGAUGGCACAGAUGACCCAUCCUACAAUGGGGCCCUUAUUGUGUCUGGUAACGAGAAGAAUCAAAGCUUUUCAUUUGCAUGCAAUACCAAGAGACUGAACUGCUUUCCAGUUCUGAUGGACAUCCUUAGCAAUGGGCUGCUUGGAAUGGUUAAACCAUCAGGACGCAUCCAAACUGACAGAAGCACAUACUUUGUGAACAUAAACGCUAAUCCAUUUGAAUACCUGGGGUAUUCUGCAUUCUGGCUGGUCCUGACCUCCACUUGUCCUCCUUAUAUCGCCAUGAGCAGCGUCGGGGACUAUAAGAACAAAGCCUGGUUCCAGCUGCGGGUCUCCGGCCUCUUCCCUUCCGCUUACUGGUUAGGGCAGGCACUGGUGGACCUUCCCCUCUACUGCUUUGUCUUCAUUUUUAUGUAUCUAAUGGACUACCUUUUAAGCUUUGGGAAUACUAAGUUUACUUUUGUAAACCACGUCAUACAAAUUCCCUGUUCCAUUGGCUACGCCACAUCUCUUAUCUUCUUAACAUAUCUGAUUGCAUUCAUUUCUCGCAAGGGGAGAAAAAACAGCGGCACUUGGUCAUUCAGCUUCUUUGUUAUUACCAUGUUCUCGGUAAUUGCGAUCAUACUGGAUAUCCAAGGGAAUGGCAUGCUGUAUUACAUCACCUUUUUAAUACCACACUCCACCCUGAUUGGCUGUUUGAUGUUGUCUGUUCGUCUUCUCAUGUUUCAUCUCUUUGAUGAAGAAUUGGUGAUUGUAGAGCCAUUUCUGGUAUUCCUCAUACCUUUCCUUCAUGUUUUCAUUUUUAUUUUUAUUCUUCGAUGUCUGGAAUGGAAGUUUGGAAAGAAAACAAUGAGGAAGGACCCUAUCUUUAGAAUUUCUCCAAGACACAAUGACGUGCAUCAAAAUCCAGAAGAGCCGGAAGGAGAAGAUGAAGAUGUUCAAAUGGAAAGAACAAGAGCAGCUAAUGCCUUGGCAUCCACCAGUUUUGUUGAGAAGCCAGUCAUUGUUGCCAGCUGCCUACGCAAAGAGUAUGCAGGCAAGGGGAAGCCUUGCCUUUCCAAAAAGAAGGCCAAGAUAGCCACCAGGAACGUCUCCUUCUGUGUCAGGAAAGGUGAGAUCCUAGGUUUGUUAGGACACAAUGGAGCUGGCAAAAGUACAUCUAUUAAAAUGAUAAGUGGAGACACAAAAGCCACAGCUGGACAGGUGCUUCUGAAGGGGAGUGGUGAAGGGGACACCCUGGGGUUCCUGGGGUACUGUCCUCAGGAGAACGCUCUGUGGCCCAACCUCACUGUGAGGCAACACCUGGAGGUAUUUGCUGCGGUGAAGGGCCUGAGCAAAAGUGACACUGCAGUCACCAUUACAAGGUUGGCGGAUGCGCUCAAGCUGCAGGACCAGCUGAAGUCUCCUGUGAAGACCCUGUCUGAGGGAGUGAAGAGAAAGCUCUGCUUCGUGCUGAGCAUCCUGGGGAACCCGUCUGUGGUGCUUCUGGAUGAGCCUUCAACUGGGAUGGACCCCGACGGGCAGCAGCAAAUGUGGCAAGCAAUCAGGGCCAUCAUCAAAAACACAGAGAGGGGCGCCUUGCUGACCACCCAUUACAUGGCAGAGGCUGAGGCCGUGUGCGACCGAGUGGCCAUCCUGGUGUCUGGGAGGCUGAGGUGUAUUGGCUCCAUCCAACAUCUGAAAAGCAAAUUUGGCAAAGAUUACCUGCUGGAGAUGAAGGUCAAGACCCUCGAGCAGGUGGAGCCACUCAACACAGAGGUCCUGAGGCUUUUCCCCCACGCUGCUCGGCAGGAAAGGUUCUCUUCUCUGAUGGUUUACAAGUUACCAGUGGAAGACGUGCAGCCUUUAGCCCAAGCUUUCUUCAAGUUAGAGAAGGUUAAGCAGACCUUUGAUCUGGAGGAGUACAGCCUUUCCCAGUCCACCCUGGAGCAGGUCUUCCUGGAGCUCUCCAAGGAGCAGGAGCUGGAUGGUUUGGAGGAGGAACUAGAUGUCUCGGCGAAUUGGAAGCUCCUCCCACAGGAAGAAGCUUAACCCAAAAAUGCUUCCUGUUCCUACAACAACCAUGAAGACAGCUUCCAGUAAAUGCAGUGUGAGGUCAGAUAGCUCCCUUCACGGAGACCAAUGCAAACAUGGAUGAAUUGUUAAACGAAUAAAGAAGAGCCAUCUGGAUGAGGUGAUGGGGAGAUCUGAAACAGACGUGUCAUCGGAACCAUUUCCUUGAUAAAUGUGGCUUCUGAGGUUGAACAAUGCCAAGCAUGCGGUGCGACUUCGGCGGUGUUCUCAUCACCACUGAACCUGCAGAGCCUCUCUGAGCCUUAUCUGAGGAAAGAGCUGAUUCACUCAGUUUGGAGCUGGUAGCAAAGAUCCACAGCUCUGACCCUGGAAGCAGGGGACUCAGCAGACCAGCAAGCAGACUGGGUUGAAAUUUAAUAGAGGUAGUCUAGACACUGAGGUGUCAUAGAAAGACCAGGAAAGUUUGAUCUUUCCACUCAAAACUGUCAUUGUGUUUGACUCUGACAUGGCCUCCAUAGGCUCCUGUUUCGAGCGCUUGGUCCCCAGCUUACAGAGCUUGUUUUGAAACCUGUGCAGCACCUUUAAGAAGUGUGGUCUAGCCCUGCCCAUAGUGGCACAUGCCUUUAACCCCAGCACUCGAUCGGGGGUGGGGAGGGCAAGGCAGAGGCAGGUGGAUCUCUGUGAGUUCAAAGCCAGCCUGGGCUACAAAUUGAGUCCAGGCUACACAGAGAAACCCUGUCUUAAAAAAAAGAAUGAUCUACCUGCUAGAAGCUGGUCAUCAAGGGUGGACCUUUACACCUGCACCUGGUUCUAGAGAAUUUUCUGUCCUCAUAUGGAAUCCAAGGCUCAUCUGCCACCAGGUCUUCCUGCCGUGACAGACUGAGCUCCCUCCAAACACGUAAGCCAAAAUGAACCCUUCUUCAUUUUGCUCCUGUCAGAUAUUUCAGUCUUUAGAGCAAAAGCGACUGAGACUCUUACCUACAGAUAAGAUGUGGAUGCAUGAGCGAUGCCCGCGUUAGAGGACAAGAGUGUGAAAGCCGAGGGGGAUGUGAUAACAGAACCCUUCCUCGGCUCACUCGUGGGUCAGGCAGCAGCUGGAUAAGUCCUUGCACGCCUGAAGUGUCUGGAGUAUAAUCUCUGCCUAAAUUGUUGUCUGACUUCCACGAUGAAGAGAUGCUGGGGUAAUCUGCAUGGGGUCUACCUCAAAUCUCUACUUCUGUUCUACCUACCCAGUGGCUCAUUGUCACUCAACCAUGGGCUCCACGUGGUUCGGGGGCACUUGGAGACAAGGAAAGAAUCACUUAGAACACGGGUUACCUUAGUAUCGGGAGCUAAAGGUGGGGUAAUGAUGGGCACACACCACAAAACACAUGCCCAAUACAGACUUACGGAACAAGGCAAGACAAGGCCCUUUGCUCCAUGGCGAAGGAAGCAGAGCGGUAUGCAGAGUGGAACUGCGCCCACACCAAAGACAAAGGCCCGGGGUGUUUAAACUGGACUAUUCCUGGUGGGAGAUAGACACAGUCAAGGAUCCGCAGGUGUACAACCUCUGCUGGCUUUUAGUAAAAACAGUGACAUUCCUAGAAAAAGGUCCUGCGUCAAGCGAAUUCACCUAGUUACAGUUUCCUCUCUUCCAGCUUCUUGAUGAGAUGAGCCACCACACGUUAUAACGACCCACUUAUUUUUACACACAUACGUCUGUGCCACCACCAGCAACUCAGGAGGGUCUCCGUUCCCAAGCCAACGCAUCCGGGGACUGCUCUGUAGACACUUGAUAGAAGUGAGAGAACUCAGCCAGGCAGUGGUUUUCAUCUUUUGUUUGUUGCUGAGUGUGCGCACCUUUCUAGCAGUUCUUACGUAGCUAUAAAGUAAAGCGGAAAUGAGUAUCUGCUUCCUGUUGGAAUAUUCUUAUGACAGCAACGUAGCACAGGACACCAAAACCUUGGCUUCUGCCGGUCAACAAAUGCACACCUUGGUUUCUUUCACGUUUGUUGUCGAGGGCGUUGGAUUCUUCUUCUUCUUCUUCUUCUUCUUCUUCUUCUUCUUCUUCUUCUUCUUCUUCUUCUUCUUCUUCUUCUUCUUUUAACUACCCAGUUAAAUGCCAAAAUUUUAUCUGCCACAGCUUCAUCUGGCCGUUAUUAGUGAGUCCAAAGUUAUGAAGCAUUUAAACAAAACAAAGAAAUUCAAACCAGAAGAGAAAGCCUUCUUUUGAAGAGAUCGGUGCUCAUCUGUUUAAAAUGUCCGUUUAAUUUUAUAAGUUUUCCCAGAUAACUGUAGUUUUUUAAAAACCAUGUACAGAUUCCUGACCAUAUGUUAAGUGAGUUCGCCGCGGCACCUGCAUAAUGAGCAGGCACAGAACGGCAGUGGUCGGUGAGCCUGAUGCGCCUUGCCAUGAGUCCCGGCUAAGAUCCCAGGCAAAGCUGCAGAUUGUAUGAGGUUCUUAGUAGACCCAAGAGUGGGAAGCUACAUUGCACAAAGUGUUCUUGGUUGCUGUCCAUAUGCAGAUUUCAGUUCUGCCUGUGGGUGUGUGUGAGCGCUUCCGUGCAUGUGUGUGUGCACGUGCGUGUGUGAAUGUGUGUGUUUGUCGAGAAUAAGGCCCAAGACCCUGCACGUGGUGUGCAAGACAUUUCACCAGCAAGCUACAUUUUCAACUUUCAAUAAUACAUAUUCUUAAAAAUCAUAGCACAGUUUUAAGUUAACCGUAACACGUAGAAGACUUCUUCCAUGAGAUUCUUGCUGCACAAAGCUUUGGCUCUUUCUUUUGAGAACAACAUACUGCAUCCGUCAGUGUUUGCAUCUCUCCGAUGACUGAAUCGCUUUAUUUUGUUCACUAACUCAACUGAUACUUUAUUGGGUGACUAAUAAAUAGUAUGUUCCAAGCACACAAAAAUGAAAAAGAUAUAUUCAGGAAACACAACUAUGUAGAAGAGAUGGAAAUUAAUUAGGUAAUUCCAAUAAAAUACCAUACAGAUGUGAGUGUGAAUAGUGUAUCGGAGGAUCAAGGAAAAGGAGAGAAGCUGAGAGCACUGAGAGGGCUUCCAGGGACUCUCUCUACCGUGGCCACCAUCAUCUUUGUAUCCUGACUGGACCUGUAAUCAAAGGGAAGUAUGGAAACUAAUGUAUGUUACUAAGGGAUUGGAUACGCCGCUUGGCUAAUAAAGUUUUUGUGCACAA